AUGAAGGUCUCAUCUACUAUCAGCUUUCUCGCUAUCUUUGCGUCAGCCUCGGCUUUCCCGACCUAUGUCGCUCGCCAGGCCUGGGUGCCCAGGAACUGGACAGCUCCAGGUCCUACCGAUGCACGCGGCCCAUGCCCCGGCAUGAACACCCUCGCCAACCACGGCUACCUGCCGCACGACGGACGAAGAAUCACCCGCGACAUCCUCGCCGACGCCAUGCUCGAGGGUUUCAACAUCGCCAAAAGCGACGCCAUCAUCCUCUUCUCGCAGGCCGUACGCACCAACCCAGAGCCAUUCGCACGUACAUUCGAUCUCGACACGCUGGGCCGCGAGGGCGUAUUGGAGCACGACUUCAGUCUCAGUCGCUCUGACCGCUUCUUCGCCAACCCCCUCCCCUUCAACGAAACCGUCUGGGCGGAAACAGCCUCUUUCUUCACAACACCAGAGAUUACCGUUCAGCAGCUCGCCGACGCCCGCAUGGCACGACUUGAGACAUCUGAGAAAACUAACCCGGAGCACAAGGCGUCCUUGUUGGCUGAUGGGUUUAGUUGGGGUGAAUGUGCUUCGUUCUUUGAGAUUAUGGCGGAUGGCACUACGAGUACUGUUAAGAAGGACUUUAUUGAGUAUUGGCUGCGAAACGAGCGCAUGCCUACUGAGAUCGGCUGGACUCGCCGCCCGACUGUCAUGCAGACUAGCGAGCGGACUAAGUUCACUCGUGCGCUGAUGGAGGCUGCGGGUCAGGGUACUGGCUUUUCUCUGUUGCACUGA